AUAGUUUAAAUGUUCCUUUUGAUUUGAACCAGAUUAUCUGACUAUCCCAAAAACACUUGAUGAACAUCAGUGACGCCGCCCACAGUGAAUCGAAUACAUUGUUAAACUGAAUCGAGACACAGAGGAGUUUCUGCCACAUGAGUGAAACCCCUUUUCAUGUCCUCUUGUCUCCUCUUCCCUCAGAGCCUCGAUCUGCUGCCGAGUCAGAGGAGAUCUGCACCCUGGUGAUAGCCGAGGCCUUUCCGGAGGACGGGGGUCCGUUCUGCUGCACGGCGUCCAACGCGCACGGCUCCGCUAACAGCGCGGCGCGACUCACCGUCGCUGCAGCAGCCGGGGGCUCAUCCAGUAAUGGCGUGUCUGGUUCGGGGUGUGAGGAUUCGGCAGCCUUCCCCCCUCCACCUCCUUCCCCUCCACCCACAGAGAUCAGCCUCCUGGAGCUGCCACCCAAGAUGCUGCCUCAUCCCGGCGCUUUCCCCCUCCGGGAGGUGGAGUUGUGGCCCGGCGGGUCGACCCUGCCCCCGGCGGAAAGGGGGUCAGGGGUGGAGGAGAAGGAGAAAGGCUCCCUGGCAAACGGCCGACCCCCCAAUGCAGCAUCGCCACCGCCGCCGAGCCCGCCAAAAGCAACCACGCCGCCGCCACCGCCCCCACCGCCACCGCCGCCACCGCCGCCACCACCAAAGUCGGACUCUGGGCUGGACUCCUCCCCCUCCUUCGGGAACGGUCCCCCGCUGCCGACCAGGCCGAAGCCAAAGCUAGCUGAGAGUGUAGAGGAGGAAACAGACCGUUACAGGUAACUAUUUGGCUGUGAAGGUGAUGCUCUGGAUGUGACUUGAGUGGCGCUGUAGGAGAAAUUUAUUUAAAAUGAAUUCACAAAACGCUGAAUCAGAGGCAGCGGCGGGAGAAGCAACCACUUUGUUGACGUGCCAUAACGUUGAUGGACAAAGUGGAACUAUGACCUUUGUGUAUUUUUAGAAGAAGGCGAUACCAUGAAAUAGACUCACUUUCACUACGUGAAGGCAGUGGGGAUCAGUAUGUAGGAGAUGUUUAUUAUCUGAGGGAGCAGCUCUCCAAAGGUAUCAAUGUGUAGACUUUUAUACUUAUUAUUUAUUUUAAAAAGUUCCUGGAUAUCUGCGCAAAUCGGCUUAUUAGUUUAAGGUUAACCAUCACAGUGUAAAACAAUCGUUAUACUGCAAUGUUCAGUAAAAUAUGUUAUCUGUACAUUAGUUAGAAUUCAUAAUCUUUGCUAAUGUUACAAUGUGAACAACCAAUCAUUGUUAGAUCAAUACGAGGAGAGCUAGUAACGUUAGCAGCACCGCUAACGGUAAAUCAAUGGACCACCAGUUCAGUUACGUUAUGAUGCGUUCAGGCUCUGUGUAAAUUCAAUGUUAGUGUGAAGUGUUCACGUAAUCUCGUAAAAUGGGAGUGUAAUUCAAUAAAUCCAGUAGUUAGAUGUUUUCACAUUAAUAUCAAAUAUAUAUAUAAUAAUAAUAUAUAUAAUCAGGACCAAGAGGAUCUGCAUCUGCCAAUAUGGAUCAAUGAUGCAAUGAUAAGCAGUUUACCGUUGGCACAAAAAUGGAAUCAGGGACCUAAAAGUUGUAUUUGCUGGUUUUUUCGUAGGGAUCUGAUCCGGGAUUUGAACAGCGAGUCUUACGAUCAGUUAUUAUUUUAUACCAUGAUUAUUCAUAAAAAGGGACGUCUGCAUUAUACGUCUUGUAGAGAAUGUUGCGUUUGCAAAUGUAGAAUAAAUGGAUCCUAAUCACAGGGAAAACAAACCGGAGGCCUGCGUGACGGAUUGUUUCCACUUCAAUAACGCCGACAAGUCGCUGUGAGAGGGAUCCGGGUCGGUGGGCGCGUACGCGGGUCUGAUGCCCGGCGCUGAUGUCAGACGUUGGGAUAAGAAUCCAAAGGGAAGUUCUCAGGGCGAGAGGCUCCUGUUGGCCAGUUGGCUCCGAACCAAAGCCGCACGGCCUCGGGGAGAGAAAGAGCUUCGCCACGCGGUCGAGAGGGGAGGGAUCGCUAUUUGGCAGCACCGUCUCGUCUGGUGUCGCUUUGGAAUGAAACAUUUUUUUUCCUCCGUAAAAAAAACAAUCCCAACGCAGAAACUGGCCGCUUUAGUUGGCGAGAUCGACGGACGGGUUAUUUUCAGACUACAGUAAGCAGGAUAAAAGUGACACCUUGUGACGUCCGUGUUUACGUCGCCGCCUGAGGAUUCAACACAAAACACACGGCGCUCAAGUUACCGACUGCUUUAAGCCAAUCCGUUGUUCACGGCGGCCAAGUCGUCUCGGGAUGGAAGCCUGUUUUCGAGCGCCAGACACGCUCUCCAAGACGGGCCGGGUCUCUAUUAAAAAGAUCUGGCAGGAUCCAGGACUACAGUUAGCGUUGGGCAUCACAAAGGUCACGGUGCCGCAGGUCUCAAUCCGCUGCUCUCACAAAUGCAACGUGAACGCAUCGUAGAACUCAGUCCGCCGAUGAUCUACUCGUCGAAUCGCUCAACAAAGUUUCGGUCGCGGAGACGCUACAGUGGACGCGUAACACCUGGAGCCGGUAAACGCGCGUGCGGUUUGACGGAUGAGGUUUGACGGAUGAGGUGUCGGCGCCGUUUGGCGUCCAGUGUCAGCCUUCCUGUAUUGAUAAAGGCGCACGUUUGCCAAGUGCGACAUUUCACACGGAUCUGCGUUGCCCGCAUCCAUUUGGGUGUCAUGACACGUCCCUGCUAGUACAAGACGGUGCACGUGGUUGUGCGAGUUCACUUCACACGUCCAGGUAUUUUCUUCUGAGACGAGGCUUGUGUCGGUAAGUGGCUUUAAAGCUCCGUGUUGUAAUUAAAUUGUACGUAUGAUGCAAUAAAAAAAAAUAAAAAAGAAACCAGCUCGCUGAGACCUCGACACAAAGGAGGAGACUGUAGGUGUGACCCCGGCGAUAUCGACCGUGAUAAUAGGGGCAAAGCAUUAUAUUACAGGGUGGGGUGGUGUCUGGGUGGGCGUCUCAAACGCACAAGGAGCAGAGGCAGCAAUUAUCCUCCAAUCAUCCCAAAGCUUAAUCUCUCUUUCGUAAGACCAGGAAUCAACUUUGUCAGUCGAAAUUGUUCUGUUGCACGGACUUCAUGCCACGGAGGGCUUUUUUAAAAACGUGUCUUAGCAACAUUUCUUUGGGUUUGUUUGCGCUUCUGCAACUCCAACAUGAAAUAAUGACCGUAAAACAAACCUUAACUGGUCUAGCCGAUGCUACCCAUACCCAACGCAAUGCACUCACUUAGCUAGCAGUCUUUGAUGUUAGCUGAGCCGUUAGCAUUGUUUCCCCCACUAGCAUGGCAGCUAACGUUAACUGCCACGGGAUUUUAGCCAUCCACAGAGUUUGAAUUAACACCCACAAACACAAACGUUCAGGCUAAUAAAGCGAGAUUAACAACACUUUGAACGUACUGUUCCUAAUUUUCCUUAUUUUUUCUCGACCCAACGUUAGCUUUCUGGCUCUCUCCAGGGUUGUGUUUGCUGUUAGCAUUGUUAGUCCCGCUAGUUUAGCGGCUAACUUGUAUAGAAUUUCCAUCAUCCACAGAAUCUGGAACAGAAUCAGUUUUCUAAAACAAACUCUUGCGUUUAGGCAAAUUAAACAAGAAUAGAGAGAAAGUGCAUGAUGGUGUUUUUACUCUCCAAUUUCUACUAGUCUUUCUCCCGCCUUCUUUCUGAGCUACAACCAAUUACAACAGGUUUCCCUGAUUGACAGCUGCGCCAACCAAUCAAAUAGAAAAGCUGAAACUAAAGACUCACUCCUUAUGUGUAUGAUAUUUUUUAAAGCCUCAUUUUUCUUAAUCUCAUAGCUCAUUGUGGAAUCUGUGGAACGUCUCUCGCGCCCUGCGGCGAUGAAGACGAGGAACGGUCUAAUCCACUUUAACGUGGCCUCUGUUCCAGGUCUCAUGACCGCAGAGAUUAAAACUAUUUCUGCAGCGGCUCCAAACCUCCGCGCCCCCCCACUGAGGCUGUUGUCAGGGGCAACGGCACACAAACCGAAGACAACAAGCAGCCUUCUGCCAAAACGCCGCGUCCUUCAUACUCACCAGACCGCGGUGUUUCCUCCUGGUGUCCGAUGCAAAGCGGGGUCAAUGUACCGCCGGGCUCGCAUCCGGGCCGUGACUCCCGGUGUGCGUUUUUUGUUUACGAGCUGCAAGUCGUGAACCCUCUAACGAAGUAUUAACAAUCACUUUCUUGUCGAGGUGUUGCUUGUGUGUUUUAUUUAUUUUUUUAUUUUUAUGGAGAGCAGGAAACACGCGUGUUGUAAAACCACAUACGGUGCUGGACGCACGCUGAGAUCUUUGCGUGCGGUUCGUCACCAACAGUUAACUAAUGGAGGUUAAACACCGCGAGCGAACAGAGGGGAAGAGAAGGAGCAGCAAACAGAACGUUGUUUGUCAUCAGGGAGGAGGGCUGAGAUUGUGCAACGAAACGGAGAAAAAGCCGAACGUGUAGUCGGAGCGGAGAGACUCAGGGGGAGCCGAUCAUU